AUGGUAAAAUUGACAAGAAUUGUAAAGAAAAGUUUAGUAAAGCAAAUAAGUAAAAAGGAUUCAUCGACAGAUACAACAAGGGAUGAAUCACACUCUUCUAGAGGCAAAGCUCAACCUUAUAUUGAUUUUAAUAAUUUGCCAACAUAUGAAGAUGUAAAAAAUAAAAAGAAAGAAUUUGAAAACGUAGUUUCAUCAAGGAAUCAGAAGAAAUUGUUAAAGGUAAACAAAGGUAAACAAUUCAAAAAAAGUACAAAAAAAUUAGAUCGAAAAUUAAUUAAAAGUAAAUUAAACGGACGUGUUCAUGAAAAUAAAAACAAUAUAUAUAUAAAUAAUUUAAACCAAUCGCACCUUGAUGAUGAUAUAAUCAUAAAUAAAUCUGAAAACACUAAUUUAAAUAAUAACGAAGAAACACCUCUUUUAAAUAUAAAUAAUUCAAUAAUGUCAAGAGGAAAGAGAAAGAGAGAGCUUAAAAAGGAUGCUUGGAGGAGAAAAAACCAAUUCACGAAGGAAGCUAAGAAGAUUGUAGAACAAUUCCAAAAGGAGAUAAAAUAUGGUAAAGCACUGGGAAACUUAUCAGGAAUCAAGAAUCAAAUGGAACUAAUUGAAGAAUCGAUGAGGCAUAAAAAGGAAAAAGAAUCUAAAAUGACUAAAGUUAGGUCGAAGAUUUCUAAAAAGUCACUUAUGAAUAGUAAAAGAAUUUUUAACAUAGCCACAAAAAACUUGUAG